AUGGGCGGCGGCGGCGAGUCCAUUGCAAACCAAAUCCUCAAGACGUUCGCCCUCCCGGAUGUUGUUGGUUCCGCAACCAGCUCCAAGAAGCUCAUCAAUCUCCUCAGAGGGCACGUUUGGCUAAGCAACUUCUACCAACCCGCCGAUCCAGUAUCCGAAGAGCGAAUCUGCAUUACCGGUGGCGCCUCGCAAAACCUGGCGUGCUUACUCCAAGACUUCACGGACCCUUUGUACACGAGGAACGUGUGGAUAGUUGCGCCGGCCUACAUGCUUGCUUUCCGCAUCUUUGAAGAUGCUGGAUUUCACAAGAAACUCCGCGCAGUUCCUGAGGAUGACCAAGGUAUUGACAUGGACUACCUGAGACGCCAAAUUAAGAUAAGCGAAGAUGAAGCAAAAACUGCAAACAACAACGAACCUCAAUUUAAACCUACGCGGCCUUGGAACAAGAUCUACAAACAUGUAAUAUAUGCCGUGCCUGCUUUCUCGAACCCUAGCUCCAAGACGAUGAGCUUGAAGAGGAGAGAAGAAUUAGUACUGUUGGCAAGGGAAUAUGACGCUCUUAUCAUUACGGACGACGUUUACGACUUCCUGCAAUGGCCAUCAAGUCUCAGCCCUAGUGUACUUUCCAUUGAAGAAGCCAGUCUGCCCCGGAUCGUCGACAUCGAUAGGUACCUUGACGGCGGCGCCGAAAGACAUGGCGCAGAUGGUUUCGGCAAUUCCGUUUCCAAUGGCUCUUUCUCCAAGAUCUUUGCACCAGGCUUACGAACAGGAUGGUGCGAGGGUACACCGAAAAUGGCAUAUGCUGUUUCACAGACAGGAUCCAGUCGUUCGGGCGGGUCGCCCAGUCAGCUGACGGCGUGCUGUGUGGCCGAGACCUUGGAGACAGGAGAACUCCAGCGCCAUGUAUACGACACGCUUCAGCCUGCUUACGGUCGUCGGUACCGUAUAAUGGUCGAAGCGAUUAGCAAAUACCUGAUCCCACUGGGUGUUCGCAUCCCGCAGUCAGAUCGGAAGGUUGUCGGUGGAUACUUCAUCUGGCUUACAUUACCUUCACCGCUGGAGGGUGCAGCUGUCGCACAGCGCGCAAAGGAGGAUGCGAAUUUGGCCGUUGCACAGGUUCCCGGCGACACCAAAUACACGGGCACGUGCUUCAACAACGACGUCAGGGUGUGCUUUGCGUGGGAAGAAGAAGAAAUGCUGGCCGAGGGUAUUGAGCGACUUGCCACCAUUAUCAGCAGCAUGUUGAACGAGGAAGCCAGUGGCGGCAAGGCGAAACACGGCGCUGCUGCUCAAGUGGGCGAUGCAAAAGACUUGUGGUAA